AUAAAAUGAACACAUAAGAAGCGCCAUAACAAGAUUUAAUUUACAGAGACUAUCUUGAAAGAUUUCUGAGUAAUAUAGACAUAGCUUAGAUCGAGGCUAUGAGAUAACAAAACAAAAUAAGAUUUCCUAUAAACUUAGACAUGUUGAGAUAGGAAUCACGAUAACAAUAUCCAAAUUUGUAAGUGAAUGUUAUUAAUAUAAAUAUUAGAGUUGAUGAUUUGAUAAGACAUCCAACAGAUUUUAUAAGAGUAUUCUAACAGAAAUUAAGUUAAAUAUGCAAGCAAUUACAAGAAUAAUAGGAGGAUGAUGAUAAAAAGGGAUUAUAGACAGAGAAGACAUAUAAAAUAUAUUUUGAAGGUAAAUUGGGGAAGAAUUAUGUGACUCCAAGAGGUUUGGGAGCAGGAUAAAUAAAUUAAUUAGUAUGUACAUAGGCAAUAGUGACAAAGAUGUCAUUGGUAUUAUUGAAACUUUAGAAAUCAGUUCAUUAUAUUGAGAAGAAAAACUAAUUCAAAUAAGUGGAAUAUUUUAAUAAUAUGGAUCCAAGUGUAAGGACAUCAUCAAGAUAAGUUAAAGUAGUACAAAAGAAAGAUGAAGAGGGUAAUCCAAUGAUAUUUGAAUUUGGAUUAAGUGAUUUAAAUGAUAUGUAGACAUUGGUAGUAUAAGAAUUGCCAGAGAGAACUCCAACAGGAAUGUUACCUAGAUCAUUAGAGGUGAUAUUGGAUUAAGAUUUAGUAGAUAGAGUUAAACCAGGAGAUAGAGUAGAAGUAAUAAAUGAAUAAUAAUUGAUAGAUUACAGGAGUAUAUAAAUGUAUUCCAAAUUCAUAAACAAAAGCAAAUGGAACAUUUAGAACAACAUUGAUAGCAUAAAAUAUAAAAGUGAUGAAUGCAGUAUAAGAGACAAAGAUUUCUGAUGUGGAUAUUAAACAUAUAAGGGAAAUAGCAAAGAAACCAAGUAUAAAUAUAAAAAUAUAAUAAGAUCUUUUGGAAUAUAUGUCAAAAUCAAUAGCUCCAUCAAUAUUUGGACAUGAGAAUGUAAAGUAGUCGAUAUUGUUGCAAUUGUUAGGAGGUACAGAGAAGAAUUUGGAAACAGGAACUCAUUUAAGAGGAGAUAUAAACAUUUUAUUAAUAGGAGAUCCUUCAACAGCUAAAUCAUAAUUACUUAGAUAUGUAAUGGGAACUGCUCCUUUAGUAGUAACAACAACAGGUAGAGGAACAUCAAGUGUUGGUUUAACAGCUGCAGUUAAAAGAGAUAAUGAAACAGGAGAAAAUAAUUUAGAAGCUGGAGCAAUGGUUUUGGCUGAUGGUGGAGUUAUUUUAAUUGAUGAAUUUGAUAAAAUGAAUGAAAUAGAUAGAGUAGCUAUACAUGAAGUUAUGGAAUAAUAAACAGUUACUAUUGCUAAAGCAGGAAUACAUUGUUCUUUGAAUGCUAGAUGUUCUGUAUUAGCUGCUGCUAAUCCACUUUAUGGUGAAUAUUAAUUAGAUAUGGCACCUACUAAGAAUAUUGGUUUACCUGAUUCAUUACUUAGUAGAUUUGAUCUAUUGUUUAUUAUCUUAGAUUAAAAGUCUAAAGAUCAUGAUAGAAGAGUAGCUGAAAGAGUUACUAAAAAUCAUAGAUACAAAGGAUAAUAUGAUGAAGAAGAAAAUAUUGGUGAUAUUAUUCAACCUAUGGCUUAAAUGAGUAUUAAAUAAGAAAUUUCACCUUUUGUUUAAUAAUCUGCUGUCUAUCAUUCUUCAGAUUAAAAAGAAUUAUUAACUUAAACAUUCCUUAAAAAAUAUAUUAUGUAUGCCAAAGAAAAUCAUUCUAAUGUUAUCUUAGAUGAUGAAGCAGCAGAAGAAGUUACUAAAUAAUGGACUAAAAUGAGAUAAAACGAUUUAUUAGAAAAAUAAAUUAGAACAUAACCUAUUACUAUAAGAUCAUUAGAAUCUCUUAUUAGAUUGGCUUCUGCUCAUGCUAAAUUAAGAUUAUCUAAUAUUGUCACUAAAUAAGAUGUUAAAAUUGGAGCAAAAUUAAUGAAAAUCUCUUUAUAAAUGGAUUUAGAAGAAGAAAUUGAAGAAAAUAGAAAAGUUAGUGGUAGAAAAUCAAGUCAAUAAAAACUUAAAAGUGAAUAACCAUUAUCUCUUGGAAGAUAAAAAGUUGAAUCUGAAUAACCUAAAUAAGAAGAAUAAGAGAAUUAGCUUAUUGUUAAAAGCGAUAAGAAAAAAUAAAAAUAGGAUGAUCCUAAAAAUAAAGAAGCUGAAUUUCAUUUAUUCUUAUAAUAAGCUCAUUCCUAAAGUAUUACUAGAGAUUAAUUAAAGGCUGUUCAUAAAGUCUUAAGAGAUUUCAAAGAAAAAGUAAUCUAUUAUAUUGAUAUUUUUAGCUUCAUUAAGAUGUCGUUGAUAUAGAUAUUAUUUGGGGAGAACUUUAAAGUUAAAGUAGAAUCAUUAUCGCUGAUUAUCUAUAAUUCUUAAAAUGCCUCUUAGAAUUAGAUAAAUAAGAAAAAGUUUAAUUUGAUGAUAAAAAAAGAACUGUGUAGUUAUUAUGA